AUGUCGUACAACCUUAAUUUAGUAGCUUGGAAUUGUCCAGGGGGUUUGUCUUUCGCUCGAAAGAAUCGUUUUAUUCGUUCCUUGGUUUCUAACAAUAAUCUUUCUUUGUUGGGUCUUAUUGAGACUAAAAAGGAAGCUUUUGAUGAUUUUGGUAUUCGUUCUUUAUGGCUGCAUUUAGAUUUUGAUUACAGCUUUGCUCCUUCAGCGGGUUCAUCGGGUGGUCUCCUUUGCAUAUGGAAUCCGAAAUUUAUUGUUCCUUACAGAAUCGCUAAAGCUAAUAGAUGGAUUAGCUUGGAUUUUAUUUGGUCAAGUGUUCAUGUCAUAUUUAUCUUGAUUUGUGCUAGUAAUUUUCCAAGAGAACGGGCUUCUCUUUGGUAUGAUAUUCUUCAUGAGCUCAAUUCUGAUUUUCUUUGCAUCUUGGUAGGUGAUUUUAAUGAAAUUUUGGACCCUUCAGGGAGUUUUAACUGCACUAGUUUUUCGGCUUCAAUGCUUGCUUUUUCAGACUUUAUCUCGGCUUCCAACUUGGUAGAAUCUAAUCUGCAAGGUCGGUUCUUUACUUGGCAGAAUAGCAUUUCUAAAUCGAAGAUUGAUCGUUGUUUCCUGUCUCCUGCUGCAUUCUCCUUUUGGCCGAAUAAUGUCUUGAAAGCUUUGCCUUCUUAUUCGGAUAAUGUUCCUCUUUUGUUUUGCUCUGAUGUGGCUUCUAAUUGGGGUCCUAAACCUUUCAAGUCUAUUAACGCGUGGUGGAGUCGCAAGGAUUUUUUUUCUUUUGUGGAGAGUUCUUGGUCUAACAUUUCUUUGAAAAUGCCUAAUGCCAAUUUGGUUUUCAGGUUAAGGGAACUCAGGAAUCUCGUCAAGAUUUGGAACCGAGAUAUUUUUGGUAACUUAAACUCAAAAUUUGAUGCUGUUCAAGCCGAGAUAACAGCUUUAGAGUCUCUCGCUGAUUUUGGCAGCCUUAGUGAGUUGGACGGCAGCAGACUUUCCACCCUUAAAUCAGAGAGCAAUCAAUUAUCUAUUCAUAUUAAAUCUUUGUGGCACCAAAAGUUGAGGUUGAACUGGAAUUUUCAUGGUGAGACGAACUCAAAAUACUUUCAUACGGUGGCUUCGUUGCAUUCUAAGAACAACAUUAUUUCGGAGGUUAUUAUUGAUGGGGUUAGCUUCAAAUCUCCUCUGGAUAUUAAACAGCGUACUCAUGCUUUUUAUAAAGCUUUGUAUAAGAAGAAUUCUCAAGUUAGCUUUACUUUAGAUUCUCUUCCUAUUGAGUCUUUGACAGACUUACAGGCUGCUUCUCUUUUAAUGCCUUUUGCUGAGGAGGAAAUUGUCACCACAUUGAUGAGCUGCGAUGAGAAGAAGGCUCCGGCUCCUGAUGGAUUCAAUUAUUUUUUCUACAAAAAAUCUUGGAAAAUUUUCAGACAGGAUUUUCUCAAGCUUUUCAAGGAAUUCUUUCAUUCGGCUUCCUUCCCCAUCGGUAUUAACACAGCCUUUUUAGUGUUGAUCCCGAAAUUUCAAGGUGCUUCUGACAUUAAGGAUUUUCGUCCUAUUAGUUUGAUUAAUGGGGUGUUUAAACUUCUCUCUAAGGUUUUGACGAAUAGACUUUCUCCGGUUCUUCUAUUAUUUCAGAGAACCAAUUCGGUUUCAUUAAGGGAAGAAGUAUCCACGAUUGCCACAUGA